UUCAACACUGUGCGCGCGGAUCCCGAACAGCGGAAAAGAAGCAAAAAACCAUUACAGGUCUCUGGAUAGAUUUCAAUUCAGGUAUUCACAUUCCUGGGAUUUUUAGGCCACCUUCCCGACUUGCUCCGGACGCGUUGGCUCGGAUGACUGCUGUUCCUUUUGGGAAUUCUCUCCUCGGAAACAUGAGCAAAUCUUCCUUGCUGGGGCAUGAGCUCCCAUCGCUGGCCCCAGCUCCGGGCCCCCAGGUCACGGCCGGGUCACCCAUCUUCCCUGAUGCGGAGCAGAGCACGGCCCUGUGCUUUGUGGGACUCCUGCUGGUGUUGCUGGUCUUCCUGCUGGUCCGUUGUGUCCGGAUCCUUCUCGACCCUUACAGCAGCAUGCCGGCCUCCUCGUGGACCGACCACAAGGACAGACGGGAGAGAGGGCAGUUUGAGUACGCUCUGGUGUGA